AUGCGCUUCAUCAAACUUGCAAAUAUCCUUGUUCUCGCAAGUCCUGUACUUAGCAAACUUGACAAGCCCGUUCUGUGCCCCUGUGUGGACUUCAACCACGUCGACGACGACCUGUUCGAAGCUCUUCCACAGACACCGCACACUCUCACCAAGUGGCCAUGGGGAAAGCUGCCUAAGCAAUGCAAAGUCCUGGCUGACCAGGAAGGCCUGAAUGCCUAUGACAUGGAAGUCUACGAUGUUCUUUAUGAGGACUGUCCCCAGCCUUGGGUCAUCUGUCAGCAUCACAAAUCGCCGAAUCCUGUAAAAGACAUGGCCGACAACUUUGGUCGCCUCCCUAUCGGCUUGCGAAACUACAUUCGAAUUCAAUUCGCGGCUCCGAUGUUGAAAAACACGACGAUCGGCGCUUGCACGACCUAUCCUCGGGGAGAUGUGAUAUACUACGGCAAUACUACCGAAAGGCUUCAGGACUGGGUUCACGAGGCUAUCCAUGGCGUCGAUUACUACCUUGGCCACAAGAAGUAUGGCAAGAUGUUCUCAGACACAGAUUUGUUUAUCAACGAGUUCAACAAGGAUGACUUUGUCAGCGAUGAUUAUGCCAAACUUUCAUAUCGCGAGGCUUUUGCCCAGAUGGGUGUGCUUGCCACGAUCGAAAAGUUCUUACCCGGGAGAAUGGCAUCUUUCCAAUCGAAUUGGAACAUCCUUUCUCACCAGUUUGCUGCUGUGUCUACCUUUUUGGACGAGACCUUGUCACUCGACAGUACAUGUGAUCGGGUGGAUAAAGAUUAUAGCGAGGUUGUUUGCAUGGGACCUGCGGCAGGUUGUGAAAGCCCACCGAGUGCGAAACUGAGGAGAAGGGAUAACAAAGCGAAAGAGAGGGGCGGUAGCGAGCCGUUAACCGGGAAGGUUCUCGACACCUGCGAGGGGCAAUAUGACAAGCCGCUCUAA